AAAACAUGAAGAGAAUGAAUGAAGCAGCUUUUUCUAUCAACAGGAAGCAAACAUCUGUUUACAUUUUCAGCCUUAUCAAGCACCAUUCUCCAUCAGCGUUUUUCAAAUGCCAUAAAUCACAACCAUGGCAGCUUUUAGAGAUGGAUUUCGGUGGCUGUGCACCCUUUUUGGAUUCAUUUUUUAUUUAGGAGACAUUGGUUCCGACAUUUUGUUGUCUGUGCAGUAUUUUAGACGUGGACAUGUCACAUGGGCUGCACUGACUCUUACGUUUGUUCUGGUCGCAUCUGUGACCGUACAGACAUUCAGCUAUGCGUGGUUCAAAGACGACAACAAGGAGAGUCAAACAAAUGUCAAGUGUAUUCCCACUUGCUAUCUGAUCGGGAUACAUUUACUGCAGAUAGGCAUUUGUUCAAGGUAUCUACGAUUCCUAAAGAGGAAAUUCAAAGCCCUUUGUUCAAAUCAGACAAGAGAGGAAAAGGACUAUGACUCUGGGCUGGCUGCAGAUCUCAGCAUGCUCCGUAUGUUUGAGACAUUUCUGGAGAGUGUUCCUCAACUCACUCUGCAGACCUACAUCAUACUGGAGCACAACCAUCGCUCCAAUCUGCAAUACAUCAGCAUGGCCAUGUCUUUCGUCACUAUAGCCUGGUCAACGGUGGAUUAUCGACGCUGUUUACGGUCCUCUUUAAGGGAUACAAAUGAAAUGCCAUCUGGAAGCCCAACAGCCAUUUACCUGUUCUACAAAAUCUUCACCAUCACUCCUCGAAUCCUCAGCCUGACGCUCUUCCUCAUGCUCUCCUACUUCACCAUUCCAGCAAUAGCGCUUGUAUGGCUGGUGGGAACCACCUGGGCAUUUGUGGAGAAGACGAAUUUCUGUACUUCACGAGUCCUUGAAUGGAUCUAUCGAGCCGUAGUUGGAGUUAUUCUCAUUUUUACAUUUUUUAACAUUAGGGGACAGAACACUAAAGUCCCCAUGACUGUUUAUUACAUAUUCAGCGUAACUGAAAAUCUUUCUGCGCCCAUAUUGUUGGCUCUGCUCAAACCGGAGUCUGAAGGGACUGACUAUUUCCUGCCCAUAAUACUUUUUAUUUUAUUUUCUAAUUCAAUAGGGCUGAUUUUUCUGGCGGUUUAUUACAGCCGUCUUCAUCAUCAUGUGCAUCCCCCUGUCCCUCCGUCUGAAAGGAUAGCAGAUGAAGUGGAUGGAGGUCCUCAAGUUAAGAAUGUACAAAAAAUGACACGUUUUAAUCAUUUUUUACAAAUAUAAUUAUCUUGCUCAAAAAAAAAAAAAAAAAAAAAAAUCUACAAUUGAAUUGACUUACUAAAUGUCAGUAGCACUUAAUUUAACAAUACAGUUUUGCAUACUAUUAACAUUACACGUCAUUACAUAAACUGGAUAAUAAACUCACAACUCCUAAA